AUGUUUAGAAUCGGAGUUCGACGCUUUGCGACGGCCGCCAGAAGGUCGGCCGAGACUGCCGCGCAAUUAGAAGGUUCUAAUAAAUAUGGAAUUGGAGUAUCCAAGGCUCAAGGAAUUGUCAAGGGACUCACUGGGGCAAUUGGUAACACGCCUUUAAUACGACUGAAUCAUAUUUCAGAUGCGACAGGAUGCGAGGUGUUAGGAAAGGCAGAAUUCAUGAACCCGGGAGGAUCUAUCAAAGAUCGAGCGGCACUGUACGUCGUAAAGGACGCCGAAGAGAAAGGUCUGCUGAAACCUGGGGGAACAGUAAUUGAAGGAACAGCUGGAAAUACUGGGAUUGGCCUAGCACACGUGUGUAGAUCAAAGGGCUACAAUUUGGUUAUUUAUAUGCCCAACACGCAGUCACAAGGGAAGAUUGAUCUUCUGCGAUUACUCGGCGCGGAAGUGUAUCCCGUACCAGCUGUGCCAUUCGAUAACCCGGAGAACUACAACCACCAAGCCAAGCGCCACGCAGAGAGGCUGGAUAAUGCUGUGUGGACAAAUCAGUUUGAUAAUAUCGCUAACCGGAAGGCACAUAUUGAGACUACGGGGCCAGAAAUAUGGUAUCAGACGAAAGGAAAAGUCGAUGCGUUCACUUGUGCUACUGGAACCGGGGGAACUCUGGCUGGUGUUACGCGCUAUUUAAAGACAGCGUCGGAUGGAAAGGUCAAAUGCUUCCUUGCGGAUCCUCCAGGAAGUGUAUUGCAUUCCUACAUCAGCUCAGGUGGAAAGCUCGUUGAGCGGGCGGGGUCCAGUAUCACGGAAGGAAUUGGACAGGGUCGUGUCACAGACAACCUCCAACCGGAUGUCGAUUUGCUGGAUGGCUCACUACAUAUCAGCGAUGAGAGGAGCAUCGAGAUGGUAUAUCGCUGCUUGGAUGAGGAAGGACUUUAUUUGGGAGCCAGUUCCUGUUUGAAUGUGGCGGCCGCGGAAGAGGUUGCGAAGAAGGUUGGAAAGGGGAAUACCGUCGUGACGGUUCUGUGUGACGGUGCGUACAGAUAUGCCGACCGACUAUUUUCGAAGAAAUGGUUAUCGGAAAAGAAGCUGCUUGAUGCAGUACCGGAGCAUCUUAAGAAAUACAUAGUGCUUCCUUAA